CAUUGGUUUAUAGUUAUUAAUUACUUUUUGCUGUACUUUUUUCUUUAACUUACAGAUUUAUAAUUAUAUACUUAUGAAAUAUUCAUUGUAAUUUAUAUAACAUUGACGAAAUUAUUCAUUUUUCUUACUAUGAAAUACCGGAACUGUAGCCAAAAGUCAAUUGUACCGUUUGUUGAUUGUUUUCUAAGCUUAAGAAAAUAUUUUAAAAUAUUUUGUUUUCAAACAUUUCCAUACAUUUAGAAAUAAUUAAAUUAAUAUUAGACGGUUAUGUUGGAAGUAUACAUGAGUUCUAUAAUAAUUAAGAAAUAAAAGCAUAUACUAAAUGAAUUUUUAGGUAUUAUCUAUUAUUUGUAUAUAUUUUAAUAAGUGAAAAAAAAACAAAGACAAUGACGUCAAUAAUAAAACUUCACGCUAUUUCUGGGGCUAUGGAUGAAUCUCCUCCUUGUUAUAUAUUGCAAGUUGAUGAAUUAAGAAUAUUACUUGAUUGCGGAUGGGAUGAAAAUUUUGAUCAAGAAUUUAUAAAAGAAUUAAAACGACAUGUUCACCAAAUAGAUGCAGUACUCUUAUCAUAUCCAGAUCCAUUGCAUUUGGGUGCUUUACCAUAUCUAGUUGGAAAAUGUGGAUUAAAUUGUCCAAUAUAUGCUACUAUUCCUGUAUAUAAGAUGGGACAAAUGUUUAUGUAUGAUAUGUAUCAGUCCCGUCAUAAUAUGGAAGACUUUGAUCUUUUUACACUUGAUGAUGUUGAUGCAGCAUUUGACAAAAUAGUUCAGUUAAAAUAUAAUCAAAGCAUUUCAAUGAAAGGAAAAGGAUAUGGAGUUACUUUAACACCUUUACCAGCUGGUCACAUGAUUGGGGGAACUAUCUGGAAAAUUGUAAAAGUUGGCGAAGAAGACAUAAUAUAUGCUGUUGAUUUUAAUCACAAAAAAGAACGACAUUUAAAUGGUUGCGAAUUAGAAAGACUACAGAGACCAUCUUUGUUAAUAACAGAUGCUUUCAAUGCUACUUAUCAGCAAGCAAGACGUAGAACAAGAGAUGAGAAAUUAAUGACAAACAUUUUACAAACAUUACGUGGAGGUGGAAAUGUCUUGGUCAGUGUAGAUACAGCUGGUCGUGUAUUAGAAUUGGCUCAUAUGUUGGACCAAUUAUGGCGUAAUAAAGAAUCUGGUUUACUUGCAUAUUCUUUGGCUCUUUUAAACAAUGUUAGUUACAAUGUCGUUGAGUUUGCUAAGUCACAAAUAGAAUGGAUGAGUGAUAAAUUAAUGAGGAGUUUUGAAGGUGCUAGAAACAAUCCAUUUCAGUUUAAGCAUUUACAACUAUGUCACAGUAUGGCAGAAUUAAAUCAAGUUCCCAGUCCAAAGGUUGUACUUGCAAGUACUCCAGAUAUGGAAUGUGGUUUUUCAAGAGAGUUGUUUUUGCAAUGGUGUGGUAACCCCCAAAACAGUAUUAUAUUAACUAGCAGGACAUCACCAGGAACACUUGCAAGAGAUUUGGUUGAAAAGGGCGGUAAUAGAAAUAUUACAUUGGAGGUGAAAAGGAGAAUUAAGUUAGAAGGACUUGAAUUAGAAGAAUAUCAAAGAAAAGAAAAAUUAAAGCAAGAGCAAUUGAAACAAGAACAAAUGGAGACUGCUGAUGUAAGUUCUGAAUCAGAAGAUGAAAUAGAAGUUGGUGGGGGAAGAGGAAAACACGAUUUAUUAGUAAAACAAGAAAGUAAACCAGGAUUUUUCAAACAAAGUAAAAAACAACACCCUAUGUUUCCAUUUUUAGAAGAAAAAAUUAAAAUCGACGAAUAUGGAGAAAUUAUAAGACCAGAAGAUUAUAAAAUAGCAGAAACUAUGCCAGAAGUGGAUGAUAAUAAAGAAAAUCUGGAAACAAGACAAGAAGAUACUACUCAUCAUCCAGAAAUACCCACUGAUAUCCCAACAAAAUGUAUCCAAGUUACACGUACAAUGACAGUUAAUGCAUCUGUCACAUAUAUAGAUUUUGAAGGUAGAUCCGACGGAGAAUCACUACAGAAAAUUUUAGCGCAAUUAAGACCACGAAGAGUUGUACUAGUUAGAGGAUCACAAAAGGACACUGAAAUCCUGGCUCAACAAGCACAAAGUGCAGGUGCACGAGUGUUUAUUCCAGGGAGGGGAGAAACAUUAGAUGCUACAACAGAAACGCACAUAUACCAAGUUCGUUUGACAGAUGCGCUUGUUAGUGGCUUAAACUUUUCAAAAGGAAAAGGUGAUUCUGAGGUAGCAUGGGUUGAUGCAAUGAUAACUGCUCGUGAUCAGAUAUGCCGAGAUGCUGUUGCAGGUACCGAGUCAGAUGAUGUAAUAGAUCAAAGUGACAAAAUACUUACAUUGGAACCAUUACCAUUAAAUGAGGUACCCGGCCAUCAAACAACAUUUAUAAACGAAUUAAAACUAUCUGAUUUUAAACAGAUUUUGAACAAAAGUAAUAUUCCUUCUGAAUUUAGUGGAGGUGUUUUAUGGUGUUGCAAUAAUACUAUCGCCGUUAGGAGGCAUGAGGCUGGAAAAGUAAUAUUAGAAGGCUGCAUUUCAGAAGAUUAUUAUAAAGUACGCGAAUUGUUAUACGAACAAUACGCAAUUGUAUAAAUCAUCUUUAUACUAAUAAAUUUAAAUUUAAUACAAAACUA